AUGCCGCCGCCGGUUCGGAGCUACGUGCUGCGGAGGGAGGACGAGGCCACGCACCCGGACUCCAUCCGGGCCGCCUUGGCAGAGUUCUUCUCCACCUUCAUCUUCGUCUUUGCGGCUGAAGGCUCCAUCUUCGCUCUCGAUAAGAUGUACACAGACACUGGCACGACAGUUACUAGUUUGAUAAUGAUUGCGCUCGCGUCCGCUCUAUCGCUCUCCGCCGCUGUUGCAUCCAGCAUCCAUGUCUCCGGCGGCCACCUCAACCCAGCCAUCACCUUUGGGGCGCUGGUAGGAGGCCGAAUCUCACUGAUCAGGGCCAUAUAUUAUUGGAUCGCUCAGCUCCUUGGCGCUAUAGUCGCCACGCUCCUGUUGAGGCUGAUCACUGCAGGAAUGAGACCGCUCGGGCUCAUCUUGGCCUCUGGAGAAGGCGAAUUGAGGGGGCUCCUCUUGGAGGCGGUGAUGACAUUCGCAUUGGUCUACACGUUCUACGCGACCGCGAUCGACCCGAAACGAGGGAGCCUAGGGAUCAUCGGGCCCCUCGCGAUCGGAUUCAUCCUAGGGGCGAACAUCCUGGUGGGCGGGCCAUUCGACGGGGCAUCCAUGAACCCGGCCAGGGCCUUCGGGCCAGCACUUGUGGAGUGGAGGUGGAGGCACCACUGGAUCUACUGGCUGGGCCCGUUUAUUGGGGCCGCGCUGGCCGGGCUGAUCUACGAGUUCAUGGUGAUACCGACCGAGGCGCCGCAUCAUCCGCUCCACCAGCCGUUGGCUCCCGAGGAUUACUAG